AUGAAAAGCCAACGACAACGGCAAACCACAAAAAACCCUUUGGACGAUGCAGUGCCAACGACAGUCACAAGAAAAAAACAACUUUACGAUGAAGAGCCCAAAGACAACGCCGGCCCAAACAACUUCGAGGGUGCAGUACCAACGACCCAAGUCCCAAGCCCCAAGUACUUCAAGCACGGCAAAACCAACGACCACGUCACAGAACAAACAACUUCAACGACUGAAGAGCCAACGACAACGUCGCAGCCACAAACAACUUCAACGACUGCAGUACCAACGACCACGUCACAGCCACAAACUACUUCAAGCACGGCAGUACCAACGACCACGUCACAAGAACAAACAACUUCAACGACUGCAGAGCCAACGACAACGAAAACCUUACCCGCCAAAGCCACCAAAACAACUUCAACUACUGCAGUACCAAGGACCACGUCACAAGAACAAACUACUUCAACUACUGCAGUGCCAACGACCACGUCACAGGAACAAACAACUUCAACGACUGAAGAGCCAACGACAACGUCGCAGCCACAAACAACUUCAACGACUGCAGUACCAACGACCACGUCACAAGAACAAACAACUUCAACUACUGCAGAGCCUACGACAACGUCGCAGCCACAAACAACUUCAACGACUGCAGUACCAACGACCACGUCACAGCCACAAACUACUUCAAGCACGGCAGUACCAACGACCACGUCACAAGAACAAACAACUUCAACGACUGAAGAGCCAACGACAACGUCGCAGCCACAAACAACUUCAACUACUGCAGUACCAACGACCACGUCACAGCCACAAACUACUUCAAGCACGGCAGUACCAACGACCACGUCACAAGAACAAACAACUUCAACUACUGCAGAGCCAACGACAACGUCGCAGCCACAAACAACUUCAACUACUGCAGUACCAACGACCACGUCACAAGAACAAACAACUUCAACGACUGAAGAGCCAACGACAACGUCGCAGCCACAAACAACUUCAACGACUGCAGUACCAACGACCACGUCACAGCCACAAACUACUUCAAGCACGGCAGUACCAACGACCACGUCACAGCCACAAACUACUUCAAGCACGGCAGUACCAACGACCACGUCGCAGCCACAAACAACUUCAACUACUGCAGUGCCAACGACUACGUCACAAGAACAAACAACUUCAACUACUGCAGAGCCUACGACAACGUCGCAGCCACAAACAACUUCAACGACUGCAGUACCAACGACCACGUCACAGCCACAAACUACUUCAAGCACGGCAGUACCAACGACCACGUCACAGCCACAAACAACUUCAACUACUGCAGUGCCAACGACAACGUCGCAGCCACAAACAACUUCAACUACUGCAGUGCCAACGACCACGUCACAAGAACAAACAACUUCAACUACUGCAGAGCCUACGACAACGUCGCAGCCACAAACAACUUCAACGACUGCAGUACCAACGACCACGUCACAGCCACAAACUACUUCAAGCACGGCAGUACCAACGACCACGUCGCAGCCACAAACAACUUCAACGACUGCAGUACCAACGACCACGUCACAGCCACAAACUACUUCAAGCACGGCAGUACCAACGACCACGUCACAAGAACAAACAACUUCAACGACUGAAGAGCCUACGACAACGUCGCAGCCAGAAACAACUUCAACGACGUACAAACGUACAAAACCCAAAUUACACGACUGCUCCACGUACAAACGUCGCCAACAAUUGAGCGUGGCACGACCUUUUGAACAACGACAACACCUUUGUUUAUUUCAGGUAUGA